AUAUUCUAUAUAUAUUGAGCUAAGCUUAAGCUCGGCGUGUGCAAGGCUUGUGAAUUUUAAAUUUUCCAUUUGCGAUAUGUUUUUUUAAUCAGCUCGCAGCUUUGGACGACAAAAGUUAAAGUUGACAUCGCUUCGAUUGAAAAAUAUUGCUCAAGUGUAUUAUAAUAAAAUAUAAGUCAUGGGCAUAGCGUUGAUGUUCUUGCUGGCCAAUGCCAUGGCCAUACACAGCGAAAUCAUAGAGUCGCCCAGUUUUAAUGACAAUGCUUUGGUGGAGCCUGAGGACAGUGGCAGCAGCAACAGCAUCAACAAUCAUAAUGAAGGCAACUUGUUAGAUGUGCUCAGUGAAAAGCCAGAGCAAGCUGAGCUAGAGUUUCGUUACCCCAUCUCCGCCAUUGGCGUGGACUACGGCAAGAACUCUGUCAUCUUACGCUUUCAGAAACACGCGCGUAAGCAACGCUUUAAAUAUGAUCCGGAGCUGGAUGAGAAGCGUCGCUCCCUGCAAGAUAACUUUAUGCAUUUUGGUAAGCGACAGGCGGAGCAACUGCCGCUGACCAGCGAUGCGAGCUACUAUGAUCGUUAUGGACGCGACCCUAAGCAGGAUUUUAUGCGCUUUGGACGUGCUCCCUCAGAUUUCAUGCGCUUUGGUCGUGCUCCCUCAGACUUUAUGCGCUUCGGGCGCUCGGAUAAUUAUAUGCGAUUUGGCAGAAACUUGCACAUGGAGGAGCUGCGUAGUCCCAAGCAGGAUUUCAUGCGUUUUGGUCGUCCGGAUAAUUUUAUGCGUUUUGGUCGCUCAGCAACACCUUCCAAUUUUGAGCGCAAUGGCAAAAUGGAUCCGAAUUUUAUGCGCUUUGGCAAGAGUCUUCAAAGUAAUCAGGAGUCGAAUCAUACUCACAAAAUUUCCAUUAUUAAUGGCAAGCAGCAAAACAAGAUGGAAGAGAAUCCCACAGACAAGGCCAUAGCUUUGCUAUUUCAUAAAUCAAAAUCACAAGUCGAGCCACAGCCCAAGAGCAGCGAACUGACUGAAUCGCAAAACAAUCUGGAGGAUAGCGUGGAACAGUUCUUUGAGCAGUAAAUACAAUUUAAAAAUUGCACCACAUUGUAUAUAGACAUUGAGUGAAACUAAUUCGAACAAUUAUAUUCAGUAGCUAUGUGUGUUUUAUGUGAAAUUAUAGUUAUUGAAUUUUUAAUAGGGGCUGGAUUAAAAAUUCACCAAAACAAAAAAAAAAACAAAAAAAACAAACCAUGAUCUGAUUCUAAGGCAAGGACAAACCCAAACCAAAGCGCAUAAUUGUUAAGUGUACUACUAUACAUAUACAUAUAUAAACAUAUACAUACAUAUACACAAAUAAAAUCUUUAAUGUAACUAACUAAAUGCAUGGAAA